AUGUCGAAUUUCUCGGCGGCGCUGCGACUAACGGAUCUGAACGACUUCAUCGCACCGUCGCAGGCAUGCGUCGUCACCGCACAGGGGAAGCGCGUGGGUGGGGGAGAGGGUGUGGGCGCAGCGGGGGAGGUGCAGCUGCGGGGAACGGGCGGAGGGGGAUUUGAGCAGGCGAGACAAGGGCGCGAGGGCGAGGCAGUGAAGGUGACUCUGCACGACUGCCUCGCAUGCAGGUGUGGCGCCGCUGCUGCUUGUAGCUUCACGGUGCUUACACAGCCUUAG